AUUUGAAUUUGUUUAAGUAAAACCAACUCAAAGGUUGCAUGUGCUAGUGUGCGUUUGGCUGCGCCAAUUUUUUUUACCCGUGCUAAGUUUUUAAAGUACAAACAAAAUGGGAGAGAAAUCCGACAAUCCUAAGAGUUUCGGCAAGGGUUUCGAUGGCGAGGAGAAGGAGGUGUUCACAGUGGAGAAGAUCAUCGAUCAGCGGGUCCGCAAGGGCAAAGUGGAGUACUACCUCAAGUGGAAGGGCUACGCCGAAACAGAGAACACCUGGGAGCCCGAGAGCAAUCUCUACUGCCAGGACCUCAUCCAGCAGUAUAAGCUGGGCCACAAGGACGAGCAAAAGGACCAACCCAACAGCAGUGCCAAAACCCAGGAAACUCCUGAACGCGUUAGCACAUCGUCGGCCACUACGAGCAAGAGAAAGUCGGAGGAACCAACAGAGGUGGACCAGGAAAGCACUGAUUUCGUGCCAACCGGCUCUACCGGAUUCGACCGUGGUCUGGAGGCCGAAAAAAUUCUGGGCGCCUCGGACAACGGUUGCCUGACAUUCCUAAUACAGUUCAAAGGAGAGGACCAGGCAGAAAUGGUGCCCUCUUCAGUGGCCAACCUGAAAAUCCCGCAGAUGGUGAUCCACUUCUACGAGGAGCACCUAACCUUUUACAACGAGAAUGAGGCUAAGCCUGUUCAUUUACCCAGCGAAGAAAACAACAACGUAGACGUAUCUCAGGCUUUCGAGCAGGCAAUUGAAAAUGAAGCCUCGUAAAACCUUUAUAUUUCUGUCCAGGAUUCAUGUUUGUGUUUGUGAUUACAAUUUUCAAUG